AUGUUGAAGUGUAUGAAGAAUACAGGAUAUUUUGAUGAGGAAGUAGAUGAUAUAGAUGAAGAAAAUGAGGAUGAAGAGGACAAAGAGGACAAAGAAAAAAAAAAUAGUAGAAAUAAAGAAGAUGAGAAUGAAGGGAAAGAGGAGAAUGAGAGGGAAGAGGAAAAUGAGGAUGAGAGUGAUGAUGUGAUGGGAGAGGAUAAAGUGGAAGAUGAAAAUAAUAAUAGUGAGUAUAGAAAUGAUGAUGAUAAUAAUAAUAAGAACGAAAAUGAUGAGGAGGAUUGGGAAGAUGGUAAUAAUGAAAGUG